AUGAAAUAAUGCAAAUUCUUAUUAAUUGAGAAAAAUUACCAAUAGGCUUUGAGAAAUUUAACAAUUAGAUUUUAUCGAAUGACUCAACUAUAAUAUAUAGGUAUUAUUACAUAAUAAGUCAAGCAUGCUUUUAAUUAUAAAAUUCAAUAGGAAUUACAUAUGAAUUACAUAAGAAUAGAAUCUUAAUAUUACCAAUCUAUGAUUCCAAAAUUAUUAGAUUUAUAUUGAAAUAUUAUAAUGCAACAGAUAUAAUCAAUAUAUGA